CUCAGUUAGCAGCAGAGAGAUCAGUGAGAUCACUACAGUAUCAAGCUUGGAGUUGCGACAGUGACCACUGGUACCUGACACUCGCUGACAGCUACAGAGUGGACAUCCACAUUCUGUGGGCACAUCAUGGGAAACUGCACUUCAGGGCCAAUGAAGAGAAGGAAAGAGAAUUCUUCAACAGAUGGAAAAAGAAGCACAGAGAAUAAGCCUAAUGAGGAUGUCACGUAUGCCUCUAUUGAUCUCAGCACUGCCAAAGGAUCAACUAGAGCCAGAGCUACUACUGAUGAUGAUUGUGACUAUGCAACAGUAAAUGUCCCAGCAGCAAUUCAACCCGAGACUGUGUCUGAGUGCUCAUCUAAAGAUGAAUGUGCAGAUGAUUAUGUACUCAUGGGGUAAACGGAAAUGAGAACGUUCAUUUGGGCACACAGAUAACAUCACAAACAGGAAGUGUCUGUCAAUCAAUUCUUGAUCUUCAGUGAAGAAACUGUGACAAAAUGGAAAAAAAAGAAAAGAAAAAGAAAUCAUCAGUCAACAGGAGCUGGUUGCGGUAACAACAAGCCCCAAAGAUGUUUCACUCUCUUUUGAGGUUACCUCCACCCUGAUCACAGCUGUGGUGUUUCUUCCUCAAGAAGACUAAUCUGUAUCUCACUUGACCUCUUUACAGAAAAGACUCAACUUCAGGAGGAUGAUCUGUAGCUCUUCAGUCUGAUAUGAAACAUCAUGACAUUAGCACAUUAUCCAGAAUCAAUAAGUGAGAAACUGCAAUUGAUAUUUGUCUUCAAGCCAUUAUGUGUCAUAGUCACUAUUUACCCAUCCAUUAUCUGUAACCGCUAAUCUUAUUCAGGGUAUUUCA